CAGGAAGCACUUAGCUUCACUCAGUCUGCUGCAACUGAGAAGUAGAAACUCGUCGGGCGGAACGAUGGAAAAAAAUCGUCAUUACCUAAUUGUAAUCCGCUUUAUAUUUGGGAGCCUAUAGGUCUGCUAAAGUGCCCCGCACGGCGGAUUUUUUUUUUUUUUUUAGGCGGCAGACAGCCUGAAAGAGGGAAGUGCUUCCUGAUAAUGAAGAGGUGCGUCUUAUUUCCAUUCCAGUGAUUGACUGCGUACGGCUUCCACCGCCAAGAGCUGCGAGCAUUGACGCAUUGUGGAGUCGACAACAGGGAGGGGGCGAGCACUGCAAACCCCCGGCUUCGCCACACAUCGGAAGCAUCUAUCGGCGUAACCACCGCGAUGGCCGUGGUGCAGCUCGAAACGGGGGACCGCCAGCCGGAGAACGGCUUCGUGACCCCCGAAACCGCGUCUCCGGAGCUGCUGACUCACAUCGACGAGUCUGUCCUGCCUUCUCUCGGGGGGUUUGGGAAAUACCAGAAACAGCUGAUCGUGCUGACAUGGAUCCCGGCGUUAUUUAUUGGAUUCAGCCAAUUUUCUGACAAUUUUCUUCUCGCGGAGCCAAACAUCACAUGCACCAGCCAGCCCCUGGCUAACAGAACUAGGCAGACUGCAAACCUCCAGAUGAACAUAAGCACCGGGCCAGCUCUUUAUGCUGGUGGGGGUCCCAGCGGCCACAAUGACAGCAUGCAGUGUCAGUACAAUGAGUCGACAUUCGAGCUGCACACAGGGCUUGAACAGAACGUGGUUACGAAGUGGUGUCUGGUGUGUGAAUUGAAAUGGAGAGUCCAUAUUGCAAAGUUCUCUCUGUUGGUGGGGUCAAUCUUUGGAUACCUUGUAUUUGGGAUACUGGCAGACUGGUUUGGCCGACAUCCCGUGCUGAUCAUAUCGGUGCUGUUUAUGCUGGUGUUUGGUCUGACUGUGGCCUUUUCUGUCAAUGUCACCAUGUUCAGCACCUUGCGUUUCUUUGAGGGCUUCUGCCUUGCAGGGAUUACUCUUUCUCUCUAUGUCCUGAGGAUCGAGCUGUGCCUGCCAACAUGGAGGUUUUCCAUGACCAUGGUGGCCAGCUUUGUGGUUUUGGGUGGUCAGCUCCUGAUGCCCGGAGUGGCAUACCUCUGUCACGACUGGCAGGUACUACAAGCUGUCAUCAUCUGUCCCCUGCUGCUUAUGCUGUCCUACAUUUGGAUUUUCCCUGAGUCGCUGCGCUGGUUGCUGGCAACCCAGCAGUACUGCCGCUCCAAAUGGAUCAUGGGACACAUAGAAAAGAAAAAUAAAGUGAACCUGGAACGUGAUGCAGAUAACAUCCUUGCAGAACUACAAAAUGCUCUUCAGAAGAAACCCAAAAGGACUUGCAUCGUGAAAAUGGCUGGUACGAGGAACCUGUGGAAGAACAUUGUCGUCCUGUGCGUCAACUCGUUAACAGGCUAUGGGAUCCACCACUGCUUUGCCCGGAGCAUGGUGAGUCCAGAGAACGAGGAAAAAACCAUAUUCCGUGACUUCUAUGCAGAAUAUUACACCAAGGCUGGUAUAGCAGUGGCAUCGUGCAUUGCGUUGUGCCCAGCAGUGAGCCUGAUGGGCCGGCGUGGUGGACUUCUGAUGUUCAUGAUCAUCACCGCUCUGGCAUCACUACUGCAGCUGGGCUUGCUGAAUUUGCUUUGGAAGUACAGCAAUCAUUUAAAUAUAGAACAGAAAGAAUCUACGCUGAAUAGGGAUUUCUCUGUUGCCUUCUCCAUCAUCGGUAUGUUCUCCUCUCACGCAGUCAGCAACCUAAGCAUCUUCUUCUGUGCUGAAAUCACUCCCACUGUGAUCAGGGGUGGUGGUGUAGGCCUGGUACUGGCCAGUGCUGGCUUUGGCAUGCUUACUGCACCAAUCAUGGACCUCCACAAUCAAAAAGGCUACUUCCUUCACCACAUCAUUUUUGCCUGUUGCACUCUCAUUUGCAUCAUUUGCAUUCUUCUUUUGCCUGAGACCCGUAACCAGUCGCUCCCAGAGACCAUCGAUGAUGGUGAGAACUACACUCGUCAGCCACUUCUCCUCCAGAGGAAACUGGGAGAACAGCACCUCUUGCUCCAUCAACUAGAGCCCAACAGGGACUACUCCAGAGUGCAAGACACACCACUUCAUGAGACAGCCAACGUUGCAUUGUCAACCAUGGCCUCCACUGCCUCUUCUGCAAUUGAUUUGACUGCUUUGGCAACUGGAGAUUUGUCUGUUACCAAUAAUUUGAAGGAAGGACCAGACCUGCUUAAGCCACAAGACCUUAGCGGUCACUCCUCUCCUUUUCCACUAUCAGCCUCUGCAAUGACCCGAGGUAAAGACACCAUCAUACAAGCUAACAAAGAAUGCCUGCUGUCUUCCAGUCCUUUACACAAAGCCCCAUGCGCCACAGAUCCACUUUUAUCAGAUUCAGAAGAACUUUUGGCAGUUCAGGAAUCUGCAGACCUACUAAAAGAGAAUAUCCAUCUUGAAGUAAAUGACACGACUCCUUCUCCCACAAGUAAGGAUGGCACUGGAACUGCUGCUUUGCAUGGCUCUUCACCUCCCAUUAUCCCUCAAACAUUGCCGGCCUCCUUGUUGAUUUGCACAACCCCCGUCAUUGAGCCCCGUCCUAGUUCCACACUAGAGUCUCCGAACCCACUGGAAAAUGACACUGAUGAGAUCAUUACAACAUCCAAGCCGCCGGUAUCUGAGGACGCUCCUGGUAUUUUAGAAGACCUCCUUCCAAUAUCAGACCUGGACCAACCCGCCCAACCUUCACCCUCCAUUACCCAACAGUUUGAUAUUCCCCCUAAGGUAGAAAAAAUAUUUGAAACUGCAUGUACUCCUUAUAUUAGAAACUCAGAGCCAGCUCAUUUAGAUCCGGCAUCCUCCAAUGGUAAAGAUUUCUCUUCUCAUUCCUCUACUCCUCCAAGUUUAGUAGCUGUGUCACCAACACACACGUGCGCUCCACCUACUGACUCAGAUCCCACACCCUUUGCUGACUCUUCCUCCGUCAACACCACAGCAAGAAGUCCAACUGUCCUCCCUGUCACAGACAUUGUGAAUACCUUACAUCUAGAAUCAUCCACAAACAUUGUACAAGAUUCUGUCGUUUCUCUAGAUUUAAAUUCUGUACAGUCAAAUUCCAAUGUGGAUGUAGUCCCUGCUGAGGCAGCUCCCAUCUCUCUAAUGGACAGCACUGUGUCCUCCCCCAUAGACUCUGGUGUCAUAUCUAUCAUGGACAGGGAGACUUCCAGCACAGAAAACAACACUGAUAAUAGCACAGCGUUGACAUGAUUAUGUGUUGCAGCCAAAAAAAAUGUGAAGCUUUAUGUGUCGCACCAAGAGGCAGGCACCUACAUCCAUAAAACAGCAUGGAGCUUGGGGGGGGAGGGACAAGAACUGCCAAGCCCAGACUUCAGGUACUUCAUGAAGACUGUUCCAAACUAGAUCUGAGUAGACUUGUCAUACACUAGCUGCUUUAUGUUCUUCAGUGCUUCUCCAACCUUCCUUGUGUUAUUGGCGAAAUCUUGGAUUUCGCCAAUAACUGAAGACCACACAAGUGAGAGACUGCAGCACUGGCUGGUUUGUAACAAUGUAAUGUCAACAUCUGCUCUUCAGGAACAUGACUGGAAAUCACCAGCGUAUAAAGUACUCUUUUCUUUCUUUUUUUUUUUGAAAAUAAUUAAAUAAAUUAAUUAAACAACAACUUUGGGUGAGAGAAAGAGGGGAAAACCACUGUCAUUUUGAAUGCCAAUGAUUACAGAGAUGUCAUCAGCUCUACUGAAGAAAUGAAAAGCCAGUCAUAACAAUGGAUACCACCAAUGCUUUUGCUUAAAUAAAAUGUUUUUAAUUUGCAUCUAUGAAAAAGGCCUUGCAUAUGGACAAAGAAAUUGGAAUGUUACAAAGUAUUUUUGCUGUUGUAAAUGUAAAUUAUUUAAAUUGGACACCUUGUUUUAUUUUUUUCACCAAAUACAAAUACCAAAUACUGCCCUAACCAAAAUGAACAUUGAUGUAGUGCCAAAACAUAAAUAGCAGUACAGUGUUUUUCCUGGGGAUAUUUGUGGGAGACGUAUAAAGAGAAUGUGAAGUUGAUCUUGCACCAUGUUGAAUUUUGGAUGACUGGGUUUGUUUAUGUGCCAAUUUCUCUAGAGUUCUCAUCUGUAAGGCUGUUUUCCAUUUGGGAACCCAACAUAUUUUUCUCUAGCUUCAUAAUUUUAGAUUUCUAAUGAGGUUCUUGACCCUAAAAUUAGCACAUUUCAUCUCAGCGUAGAAAAGGACAAAUAUGCCUAUCCGCUUCUGUCUAAAAAUGAUGUUUUUUAACCAGAAAUCAACAGAUAACUUUAUUCACUUGAAAUACUUCCAGUUGAUUUGCUUUCUUUAAUGAGACGUUCAUGAGAAUUGGGUCUUGAAGGCAAGGGGAUUUCAGUGGGACACUGACUUCUUUCUUGAGGCAUCCCUUAUGAGAUUUAUAAAAUGCAGAUUCAUUGGGGUUCAUAUUAUUUUAUUGAUUGCUAUUGCUUUUGAUAGUCAUUUUGUAUUUUUUGCUCUUUUUUUUUGGUUAUGAAAUGUAUUUUUCUUUGAGGGGAAAAAAGACCCUCUCCCAUUCUCUGCCAACACUUGACAACCAGCCUCUUGGAUAAAGCAAUCGGAGAAAGGCACAGUUAAAAAUAGAUGGUACUCCCAUCUCAAUAUGCAAAUCCAAAUGUGGCAUAACUUCAGUCUUGUUUCCAAACUCUUCUCAGACUGCAUAAUGAAUACUACUAUAUGUGUUGCAUUUUUUUGUUAAAGUGAGCAAAAAAUAGGUAAACAGCUUUUUUUUAAGCACAUGAUGAUUUUUGUGGAUAAGGAGCAACUUUUGUUUGAGAGUUGUUUCAGCCAGUGAAAAUAAUUGUAUGCAAAUCCUCUUUUUUCUAGUUAUCACCAAGUAUGUUAAUUAACUCUCGAGCUUGAUUCAGCUUUGUUCUUUUUAAUUUCCAAAGUAUUAUUUUCAGAACUCUCCCUGGUGUGCCCUUAAUGUACAGAGCUAUACAUCCUUAUUACAGUAUUUGUGGCACCUUAAUAUGGUGGCACUUUAUUUUUGUGCAGUGGGGAUAAAGCAUGAAAUCUAUUGUGAAAGUGUAAACAAAACUGUUAAAUCUUCGAGGAAAAAAAAAAACAAAGAAAAAAAUGAGUUGUCCAAAAUGUUUGAUGCGAUUGCCAAUCGUUGCUGCAUUGAUAACCUAUAGUGUGUGUGUGUGUUUUCUAAAUCAUGUUAUGACAUUAACAUAUUAUGUCAUUAUUUCCUUACAUACAUAUUUGCACAUACACAUGCACAACUUGCUCUUAAAAAAUGCAAUAUACUACACAGAAUGAUAUGUUCCGAAUUGACAUAUUGAUUUUGACGAAAUGAAACACUCUUUCUCAUGGAAGUACUUUUGCUUCCAAAAGUCCACCUCCGGACUGCAGCCUACUGGACUUAGACACUUGUGUAACAGUUGUAGUACUUUCAUACUUCUUGCUUUUGAAGUUGUAAUACUUGUGUACAGGAGGAUGUGUGACUGUGGAUGUUCUACUGUUUACAACAAGCCUCACAAUGACCAUUAGUAAUAAUAAUAAUAGUGCCGUACUGUAUACCUUGAAAGACAGACAAUGUCUUGUGAUCUGAAAUGUGAUAAAACUCUGUAGAUCAUUUAUCCAGGGAUGUGCUAAGGUGAUCUGUUAAGGUGUUGUCAGGAUUCAAUCCAUCACUAGACCUAUAAAAUUCUCUGUUAUCAUGUGAAAGACCUGUGAAGAGCCUUACACUUUGCUAAUUGUUGAAAAUGCUACAUAUCUUUGAUUGUUUGAAUGAUCGCUCAAACUCUAAAUCUUUCUAAAAUAUAUGUUUGAUAUGAGAAAAAUAGCUCACUUGCUGAUUGAUUAGGGGUGAUCUCUGAUUGUUUCAUUAUUGAUGUAACUAAGAUGUUCAUGUGGUACUCUAAUUUCAGAUGCAAAUAGUGUAUGCCACAUUCGAUUCUACUACACUUCAAAGCACAAGUAACUGCAACCAUUUAAAAUAGACUGGCAUACUUAAGAGUGAAAGGGAAUUUGGAUUUGGAACACAAUGUAGGGACUGCUAUUCACACAUUAACUUUUACAUUGCAUUUCCGUGUUUGUGAGUGGGUGGAUGCCUCAGUUGACUGAGUCUUCAAUGUGUGUGUUAGUAUUUAUCUGGGUGUGCAGCCAAAUUAAAGUUUGUAUACUUGAAAUCUAAAUGCAAAUCUGGAUUAAAAAAAAAAAACUAUAGUAAUUUUCAACACAGCACAACACUGGUACUGUCUCCUCUGACAUCUGUUACUUCACUUUCUUCCAUGCAGCUAUUUCAGUGCAAAGAGGAGAGAUUAUGUUUUCAUUUUUUUCGCAUUUGCAUCCAAUCCAACUUUUUAUUAUUAGGUUUUUGGUUUACGUGUAACUUCAAGUGAAAUGGAGGCAAUGCAGAGCAACAACAGCACCAGCGACUAAGGCUGUAGGGCUGACAUUUAUUGUUGGAAAGAUAAGUUGAAGGAUCACAAAUCAAAGGAGUGGUAAAUUAAUUUUGAAUCCAGUUGAUAAGCCUCCAGGGAGAUGAAGUACCCGAUGCACAUAUUUCAGGUUUUGCUUCUCUCAGUUGAGCGACUCAAAAUCUCUUUGUUGGGAGAUUCAAAUGAAUGUAAAAAAAAAAAAAACAACCUUGGAUUGUACAUUUCUAAGUAUCACUUGUUUGAUUUCAUUUUAUUUUAACAGACAUAAUGCACUUGUACAUAAGCCAUACAUGUUGAAUUAAACCACUAUUUAUUGAUGAAAUCUGA